UUUGUAAGCUACAGUCUUAACCACUUCUUCUUCUUAUUUGGAUCUGGUUCGGUUGAGUUUCUCCAUCAAUAUUUUGUUUUCCCUGAAGAUAUGGCAUCAUCUGAUAAACCCACGAACAAGAAAGGAGAAGAAGAAGAAGGAGAGCAGGGGGGUUUCUUAGGAAAGGUGAAGGGCUUCAUCCAAGACAUUGGAGAGAAGAUUGAAGAAGCUAUAGGAUUCGGGAAACCUACUGCAGAUGUUACUGCAAUUCACAUUCCUUCAAUAGACCUGAAGAGGGCCGAUUUUGUUGUCGAUGUUCUUGUGAAGAAUCCAAAUCCAGUUCCGAUUCCCCUUGUUGAUGUAAAGUAUUUGAUUGAGAGCGAUGGCAGGAAGCUCAUGUCCGGCCUCAUCCCUGACGCAGGGACCAUUCAUGCUCAUGGAUCUGAAACGAUUAAUAUCCCUUUGACAGUGAUCUACGAUGAUAUCAAGAGCACUUACGACGAUAUUCAACCGGGUAGUGUUAUUCCUUAUAAGGUCAGUAUUGAGUUUAUUGUGGAUAUACCUGUUAUAGGAAACAUUUCGAUUCCAUUGGAGAAAACUGGCGAGAUUCCUGUGCCUUAUAAACCAGAUGUCAAUUUGGAGAAGAUUAAGUUUGAUCAGUUCUCUCUGGAAGAAACAACUGCAACCCUUCAUCUGAAAUUGGACAACCAGAAUGACUUUGAUUUGGGGUUGAAUUCUUUAGAUUACGAGGUAUGGCUUGCCGAGGUAAGCGUAGGUGGUGCCAAGCUUUCCAAGUCGGCCCAAAUUGGCAAGAAAGAUUCAGGGGUUGUUGAGCUUCCAAUCUCAUUUAAGCCAAAGGACUUUGGGUCUGCAUUAUGGGAUAUGAUGAGAGGAAAGGGGACUGGUUACUCCAUUAAAGGAAACAUCGAUGUGGAUACCAUGUUCGGACCGAUGAAACUUCCAUUCAAUAAGGAAGGGGGCAAUACACGCCUCAAGAAGGCAGAAGACGACGACGAUGAGGACUGAAACAACACAUUAUUGUGACAAAGCACCUUGGA